AAUACUUUCAAAAGAUAUAACAGAGGAGGACAAACAGUGGCUGGAUAAGUCGUUUUGGAUAAAACACUCUCUCAUCUCUCCUGGAGCAGAGCCUCAGCUCCGUCGUCAAUCCUAGCAAUGGCUUCCUCAGUCGUCACUUCUUUUCAACCCAGGUCAGCAUUUUUGGGAGAUAGGAACGUGUUCAAAGUCUCAGCCACGCCUUCAGCUCAAGUGGGUUACUCAAGGAAGACUAUCCAGUGUAAGGAAUCAAGGAUAGGGAAGCAACCUAUCGCUGUACCAACCAAUGUAACCAUUGCAUUGGAAGGUCAAGACUUGAAAGUCAAAGGUCCACUAGGAGAGCUCGCGUUAACUUACCCACGCGAAGUUGAGCUCAUCAAAGAAGAUGCUGGUUUCUUGAGGGUCAAAAAGACCGUCGAAACUAGAAGGGCUAACCAAAUGCACGGCCUCUUCAGGACGCUAACGGAUAACAUGGUAGUGGGAGUAUCAAAGGGGUUUGAGAAGAAGCUGAUACUAGUGGGAGUUGGUUACCGUGCAACCGUGGAAGGGAAGGAACUGGUUCUGAACCUCGGGUUUUCUCACCCGGUUAAGAUGCAGAUACCGGAGAGUCUCAAGGUGAAAGUGGAAGAGAACACGAGGAUCACGGUGAGUGGAUACGACAAGAGUGAGAUAGGGCAGUUUGCUGCGACGGUGAGGAAGUGGAGGCCUCCGGAGCCGUACAAGGGUAAGGGAGUGAAGUAUUCAGAUGAGAUUGUGAGGAGGAAAGAAGGCAAAGCUGGAAAGAAGAAGUGAUCUUUGUGUCUUCUUGUUGUUGUUGUGUAUUUUACUUUACAUGUUCUCCUUUCUAUGUUGAAAUGUGUAUUUGCUCAAAUCUUUUUUUUCAGAAAAAAAAACUAAAAUUGUGAAACUA